AUGAACGAGUUCGACUCGUUUGCUGAAAACGACAACCCUGGCCCCUCUGUUUACCACGCCGAGACGAAUGGGUCGUCUGUACCAUCAGGCUCCGGCUUGACCCUCAAACUUCCAUCUCUCAAGGCGCUCAAGGCCUCGAAAAUUUUGAAGAAGAGCAAAUCGAAAGGCGCGACCCCAGUCCCUCAAGAUGUCAAAGUCGAGAAGGUCCCUCGCCCAGUUAAGCUAAAGCCUCUGAAAGAGGUCUUGACAAAACUCAUCAUACAAAUCAAGAAGAAAGACGACUAUGCCUUUUUUCUCCAGCCUGUCCCCGCAGACCAGAUCCCGGGCUACGCGGAUGUCAUCAAACGUCCGAUGGAUUUUGGAACCGUUUCCACGAAAGUGAGUCGGGGGAAGUAUCGUUCUUUGGAGGAAUUCACAGAUGACUUCCGUCUAGUCACCUCGAACGCCAAGACGUUCAAUCCACCCGGGACCAUCUACCACGCGGAAGCCGACCGCAUAGAGACAUGGGGUCUCGACCAUAUCUCCAAAGCAGCGGCCACCGUCAUCGAGUACGAGACCGACUGGAACAUCGAUGUCGAGCAAGAUGACGACUCAACCACGCUGAACGUCGACGAAAAUGACGCCGAGACCUUGGCGACGGCGCAGACACCGAUGGACCUCGAGGGCUCGCCUGCGCCUUCCGUUCAGCAGCAGCAGCAAUCCAACAAGCGCGGUCGGGGCAAGAAAAUUCCGACCAUAUCCGAGAGCAUCGAUUCGGAAGGUCGUCUUCCUGGCUCGAAGGAUGGGCUAGCGGCGUUCCCGCCGGGCUCUGAUUGGUCGGAGCUCAUGCUAGCGUUGAAGCUUCGAGGCAAGCGGUACCGAACGAAGAAGGAGCGUUUGAGGAUGGAGAAGGGGGGGCCACCUUAUACCGCCGAAGGAAGUCUUGACUACCUAGAAGUUGAGGACCCGUUUUCAAUAUUAUCGGUCUUCGCACCCGAGCCACCGACGCGACCGAUAUUAUGGCCUCUACACCAAAUCCCAGAUUCACCAGCACCAGUUUUCUACCGCCCCGUCAACAUUGCUACCGAUCGCCCACUCCCAUCCAUCUCCCGUCGUCCUCCAUCGCCGACCCAACCUUCAGCCCCUACACCUGCUUCUACCGUCCCAGCUACGCGUAAGCGUCGACAUUGGACCAUUACCCGCGCAGCUCCAUCACGUGCUAGGAUCAAAGAAAAGGACAAAGAACAGGAGCGCGAGAAAGAGGAUGAAGAGUACCAGCUCAGGGAAGCUCUGCCCGCAGACUUCGGCUCAUUUGCGGGGCUGACGGAGGAGAUGUCGAUGAACGCCGACACGACGACCUCCGAGGACGACGUCUUCGCUACUAUUCGCGAGUCCAUUGAAGAUUAUGGUUUGCGCAGAAAACGCCCCGAGCUCUCGUCACCAGAAGCAGCAGCUGGGGAAGAUAAAGUUCAUCAGUCUGAUGCCGAGCACUGGCGGGACGAAAAUGCGCGCGACGGGUCAGCGUAUAUCCGAGAUCUGGUGUACGGCGGUGUGGAUGGGCUGGCGUACGUUCGCAGUCUGGCAGAGUUCGUGCGGCCGCCGUCACCCGACGAGACGUCUCCGCCGGUGAGCUCUUUCGAGUCCCGCAUUUGGAUUCAGCGCAGCUGA